AGAAAGAGACGUGCGUUUACAUGACGACGAGCUAAGUUUGAAAGAAAGAGAGUUCUCACUCACCAAAACACAAACUCUGUGCUUCAGAUUUUCGAUUUCUUCGUCUAAUAGCGACUUUUUGGGGUUGUUCGUAAUUCAGAAACAGACGGAGGACUAUCAUAACAACACCGGAGCGCAGGAUAACAACAGAUCCCGGAGAAGCUCGUUUCUGAUACUAGCUACAUGUUACCUGCUUGAACGCAAAUGCCACCACUAAUUUCUCCUCAGGGUAUCACUGAAUGCUCUUCCGGAGGCAGGUUUUUGCGCUUCAUCUUCACAUGAGAUGACGGCAGACUGCUUUGGCUGUUUGAAGUGGUGUCCCUGUGGGCUUCUCAGUGCUGAAAGAACAGAAGCAGACCCCAACAGCGACAGAUAGACCGGUCUUUGCUUCAGCUCAUCUGUUGUUCUCAGGAUGGUGCAUUCAGUGACACUCUGCGCCUGUCUGUCUCUUCUGACUGUCCUCAGCUGUCAUUCUCAUGUCCUCCCCCGACUCUCUUUUCCCAUGGGUAGUCCAGGUCGCUCCCUCAAUGUCUUCACAAACCCUGAUGUUUACAACACCACCACGCUGUUGCUUAGCGGUGACGAGGGCACUUUAUUCAUCGGCGCUCGUGAUGCCAUUCUUUCAAUUGAUGUCAGUCAGACUGAUCCGAUGACCAUGAAGGAGAAGCUGGACUGGUCUCCGUCAGAAAAAGAUCUCGCUGACUGUGCCAUGAAAGGCAAAAUGAAGAUGGAUUGUCAUAACUUCGUGAGGGUUUUGCAAGUGCUGAACUCCACCCACAUGUACGCUUGUGGAACGUUUGCCUUCAGCCCCCGCUGCAUCUACAUCAAUUCAAAGACAUUAUCCAUGGCUACAGGCCCCAGUGGUAAGCCAGAAGAAGGCAGAGGCCGCUGUCCUUAUGACCCGUACCAGAGGAACACUGCCAUAACUGUGGAUGGAGAACUGUACACCGGAACAGUGGCAGACUACAGGGGAACUCGGCCGGUGAUUUCACGCCACUUGAGCGAAGGCAGUCAUGUAGAUGUGAAACUGGAUGAUACACUUGGCUGGUUAGAAGAUCCUACAUUCAUCCGCUCCACGUAUGUUCCCAGUGAGGAGAAGGUUUAUUUCUUCUUCAGUGAGACUGGAAGAGAAUACGACUUCAUUGACAAGUUAACAGUGUCUCGUAUUGCCCAAGUUUGCACCAGUGAUGUGGGAGGCCAGCGUACUCUGCAAAAACGCUGGACCACCUUUGCCAAGGCUCAGCUGCUCUGUCAAGCUGGCCAAGAGCUGCCAUACAACAUCCUGCAGGACAUUGUCACCCUUUCACCACCAGAGGGCACGUCUGAGGACGAAACUCUAUUCUAUGGGAUUUUCACUUCUCAGUGGCAAGUUAACUUGGGUCGCUCAGCCGUGUGUGCUUUCAGCCUCAAAGACAUUAAAAAGGUGUUCACUGGACAUUACAAGGUUCUGAAUCGGGACACUUUAAAAUGGAGCACACGGGUACAGGAGCAAAUAGCCAGUCCUGGAGAGUGUGGCCUCCAUAAUGCGUCGGACAACACUCUCCGCUUUGUUAAGGACAACUUCCUGGCUGAUAAAAGUGUUCAACCCGUCAAUCAGGGCCUGACAUUGGUGUCACCUGAUAAGAGCUACAGUAACAUUGCAGCUCAGAGAGUCCGUGGAGCACGCGGCAGAGAUUACACUCUGCUUUACCUGCUCACGGAGUCGGGCUUCCUGCACAAAGCUGUGCUCUUGAAGAACGGAGCUCACAUCAUUGAGGAGAUACAAGUGUUUGAUCAACCUCAGCCGGUCAAAAACCUCAUGCUGUCAGUCUCAAAGGGUGCAGUGCUGAUAGGCUCUUCAGAGGGAGUCAUUUCAGUGCCCAUGUCCAACUGUUCAUACUACUGGAGCUGUGCUGAGUGUGUGUUAGCCAGAGACCCCUUCUGUGGCUGGGACCCUGGGAUGAAGCUCUGCACAGACAUACACACUCACAACCAUCUUGUCCAGGAUGUAGAUGAGGGAAAUGUGUCAGCACAGUGUACAUAUGUGACCCCCAGGUCACGUUCAGCCCAGUCCCGAACCCUUUCAGGUGAAGUGGUGUCCGUGUCUCUAAACGAAGUAGUGCACCUGCAGUGUCCGGGAGCAUCACACCUCGCCAAACGCUACUGGGCGCGUCUCAACAGCCAGCUCUCGCCCAAAAUCUACAUUCAGUCGGACGACGGCGGCCUCAGCUUUGUGGCGACCCCGUCCACCCUGGGACCUUACCUGUGCCAGUCUGAGGAGAACGGCUACACCCAGACACUGGGCGUCUACCACGUCAAGCAGAAGAGCAGCCCCACCGUCCCACCAGCCACCCCGAACCUCCCACACAGCACCCCGUCCACCGAAGCGGGAAUUAAAACCUCCAUCUUCACUACCAGACUCAUCACACCUACACAAACAGAGCCCAGGACUAAACCAGACGAAGAAGUGGAUCCUACAGACACACCCAAAGAUUCACCAGCCUCCUCCACUCACAGCAGGAGCUUUACUCGCUCGCUUGGCACGGAAAACCAAGAGUCUGGUGAAACCCACCCGCAAACGGACAAGCCCAGCUACUUUCAGGAGCUAGUAGUGGUGUCCGUUCUGUUAGCUCUGUGCAUCAGCGCCUUGCUAACCAUCGCUUUUCACAGAUUCGGGCAUUUUUGUCAUAGCAGGACUGUCCCGCAAACUCCUUCCUCUCGCAGGGACGCAGAGAAGGGCGGAAGUGCGACGCCCCAGGAGAGAGAGUCUCUCAGAGGACACUCGCCUCGGUUGGAAAAGCAGAACGGGCAAGCUCCUAACGGACAGUCCCACAGCGCUCAGGCACAUAACGGCAAAUCUCCCAUCAUGCCGAGCAACAGCAUGCUGAACAGCUCAAACGGUCACCUUCCCAACACACCCAUCUGACGCACUCGUCUGCUUCUGUGGGUUCACUGUAAACCUCGUUUCUGAGCCAAACUGGGCUUCUGCUGCAUCGAGCCCUGUCGCUGAACCACUUCGCUUUCCAAAGGGGGAAAAAACUGGUAAAAACGGCACAUCGGACCUUUUUUUUUGAGCUCUGAGACUCAAAGAUCUCCAACUGUUGGUACCACAGUAGUGUACAUUUUUCAAGUUUGUUCAUAUUUAUGCUGUAAUUUAUGUGACAACUGCUUGUUUCAGUCUAAAGUGCAUCAGAUUUUAUGACUCUCUGAAAUCACAUGUAUACAAGAUGGUCAGGUUAAGAUUUUUAUUGAUCUCUUCGACUGUUUUAAUUGACAUCAGAAGCUGUUCAGUCAGCUCAGUUCAAAAUACACUUUUUAAAGAAUAUUAUAGUACAAACUUUGAUGGACCUUAAAAUUAAAAGAUAAUAAAGGUUUCCUAAGAGAGACGGCUGAUCAUCGGCUACUUUCAACUUCAAAGACUUUUAUUUACCAUUCUGAUCAAAUGUUGAUCUCUGCCUUUGUUACUUAUUCUUAUCUAUUUGCA